AUGGCAACAAAUACCAACCUGUCACUCAUAAACUACACGCCGUACACCUGGACCCGCAUUGGCCCCGGGCCUCCAGCGACAUAUGGGGUUCCUGAAUGGGAUUUUCCAGCAACCCUUGCGUCAGGCCAAAGCUACGAUGCAAAGAUCAUGAUCGACGAGUCGCCCGGGACACAGCCGACAUCAGCACAAGCCCAAUGGCCAUUCUCCUGGAUCGACCAGACACACCCUAUAUCGAACCUGAAGAUCCACGUGACCGGCAACAGCAACGACGGGUACUCAGAAUCGAUCCAAGCAUCGCUGGACGCAUAUGGGACACAGAACAACGCCAAAGGCUCGACCAUUGACAUCCCACUGCGGUACGAGGCAUGGUCACCAUUCAUCUUGACCGGAGACCAGAACUCGCUGGUCGGCAACAACCCACCAGCCAACUGGAUGUCGCAGAAUCUAGAUUAUAUCGGCUGCCUGACCCUUCAAGACAUUAUCCUACCAGGCUCGCACGACGCAGGCAUGUCGACAAUCAAGUACGCGGCCGGCGGCAUCUCAGACAACACGCAGACGCAAAGUCUAGACAUCUACGACCAACUGAAAGCCGGGAUACGGUACUUCGACAUCCGCCCCACGAUUUCGCACGGCGCAUACUACACGGGCCACUACAGUGGCCACCUAGGCGCCAACGGCCAAUCGAUGCAAGCGGUGAUCGACGACCUGAACCAAUUCACGGGCGAAAAUGGUGGGAACAACGAACUCAUCAUCCUCGAGCUCAGUCAUACCACCGACACGGAUUCAAAGUACCAGGCCUUCGAUGAUGCACAGUACAAUAACCUGUUGUUACAAAUAUGGAAUCAUACCAAUCAUUUAUACACGCGUCAUCCUAUCGACGUCCUAACCACCAUCCCUUUGUCCGAGUUUAUCAAAGACGGACCCGCUGUGGUGCUUGUCACGGACGAACGCAACAAAACUUGGCUGCACGACCACCAUUUCCAGGGCCGGGGAUUCUAUGAUUCGGAUCAAGUGCCUAUAUAUAACAGUUAUUCGGACACCACGGAUCUCGACGACAUGCGCAAGGAUCAAUACAAUAAACUCGUGCAGCAGUCGCAGUCACCUGACCGUGGCGGGUUGCAGCUGUUCUUGCUCUCGUGGACGAUUACCCAGAGUAUCAUUGAUGUUAUAGGUUUGGGAAGCUCGAUCAAGGAUCUUGCCGCCGUGUUUAAUGGCCAUUUGGCUCAGAUUGGUUCGAAUGUCCCUUAUACGGGUCCGGUCUCCUGGGCAGAAAAGGGGUACAGGCCGAACAUUGUUAUGAUUGAUUAUGUUGAUACGGAUCGCUUUUUGACGGCGAUAUGUGUUGGUAUCACGAGGUUCUAUAACAAGAAGUGUUCGUGA